UGACGAUCUAGCAGCAAUCUUGAUUAAGAACCUCGAUGGCCAACCAGAGAGAGACAAAAGAUUUCGGUUCGUUCGACAUCACCUCUCAAUUUAGCUUCCCAGCUGAAGAGAGGAAAGUACUCGAAUACUGGCAAGAUAUAGACGCUUUCAAAACUCAACUUAAGCACUCAGAAGGCAACCCUACUUUCUCCUUCUACGAUGGUCCUCCAUUUGCUACCGGUUUGCCGCACUAUGGACACUUGUUAGCUGGUACAGUAAAGGAUAUCGUCACUCGUCACGCUAGCUCGUCUGGCUUCCACGUUCCACGUAGAUUCGGUUGGGACUGUCACGGUUUACCUGUCGAGCACGAAAUCGACAAAAAGUUAGGUAUCACCGGCAGAGAAGACGUCCUCAACAUGGGUAUAGAUAAGUACAACGAGGAAUGCAGAGCUAUCGUUAUGCGUUACUCUUCCGAAUGGAGAUCCACCGUAGAAAGAAUGGGUAGAUGGAUUGAUUUCGAAAAUGAUUACAAGACCUUAAAUACAUCAUUCAUGGAAUCAGUUUGGUGGGCAUUCGGUGAACUUUUUAAGAAGGACUUGGUAUAUAGAGGUUUGCGUGUCAUGCCUUACUCUACCGCUUGUACCACACCACUCUCAAACUUCGAAGCUGGUCAAGCUUACAAAGAUGUCUCAGAUCCUGCAGUAGUUGUUUCAUUCCCACUGCUAGACGAUCCAAAGACUUCUUUCCUCGCAUGGACUACCACGCCAUGGACCUUGCCAAGCAACCUUGCACUUUGUGUUAACCCAACCCACACUUACCUUAAGAUCCAUGACGAAGAAAAGGAUGCAAACUUCAUUAUCCAUGAGAAACUUCUCACUACUCUCUACAAGGAUCCAAAGAAGGCAAAGUUCACCAAACUUGAUCAAUUCAAGGGUGAACAAAUGAAGGGAUGGAAGUACGAGCCGUUAUUCGACUACUUCGUUGAAGAAUACAAAGACAAAGCUUUCAAGAUUCUCACAGAUGGCUACGUUUCUGCUGAUGCUGGUACUGGUAUUGUCCACCAAGCACCUGCAUUUGGUGAUGACGAUCACCGUAUCGCAAUUGCCAAUGGCAUUAUUACCCCUGAUCAAAUGCCUCCUUGCCCUGUGGAUGAUAGCGGAAAAUACACUGAACGUGUUAGAGACUACGUCGGAGUUCACGUCAAGGAAGCCGACAAGGAUAUCCAAAAGCAUCUCAAGGCUAAAGGUAGACUCAUCGUCCAAUCAACACUCAAGCACUCUUAUCCAUUCUGUUGGAGAUCUGGUACACCCCUUAUUUACAAGGCUAUCCCAGUAUGGUUCGUUAAGGUUUCGCAAAUUACUGACGACCUCAUCAAAAACAACGAAGAAACAAGAUGGGUACCUGCCAACAUCGGUGAAAACAGAUUUGGUAAUUGGUUACAAAAUGCAAGGGACUGGAACGUUUCUAGAAACAGGUAUUGGGGUACUCCAAUGCCUUUAUGGGUUUCUGACGACUACCAAGAAGUUGUUGCUAUCAGCUCUAUUCAACAACUUGAGGAAUUGUCAGGUGUCUCCAACAUUACUGACAUCCACAGGGAUAAGAUUGAUCAAAUCACUAUCCCAUCUAAGCAAGGCAAGGGUGUGCUUAGACGUGUAGAUGAAGUCUUCGAUUGUUGGUUCGAGAGUGGUUCUAUGCCUUACGCCCAAGCUCACUAUCCAUUUGAAAACAAAGAGCAAUUCGAGAAGUCCUUCCCUGCAGACUUCGUUUCAGAAGGUCUCGAUCAAACUCGUGGUUGGUUCUAUACCUUGCUUGUUCUCGGUACCCACAUUCUCGGAAAGGCACCAUGGAAGAACCUUAUUGUCACAGGUUUAGUUUUGGCUGCCGACGGAAAGAAGAUGUCUAAGAGUUUGAAGAACUAUCCAGAUCCUAACCACAUCAUCGAGAAGUUCGGUGCAGAUGCAGUUAGAAUGUUCCUUGUCAACUCUCCAAUUGUCAGAGGUGAUAACCUUAGAUUCAGAGAAGAGGGUGUCAAAGAAGUCGUCUCCAGAGUUUUACUUCCAUGGCUCAACUCAUUCCGUUUCUUCUUAGGUCAAGCUGCGCUCGCCAAGAAGGAGCAAGGUAUUGAUUUCAAGUACGACCCAUCAGCACCACGUUCAGAGAAUUUGAUGGACAGAUGGGUCUUGGCUAGAUGUCAAUCACUCAUUAAACUCGUUAAAGAAGAAAUGGGUGCUUAUAGAUUAUACACUGUCAUACCAAGAUUGCUCUCACUCAUUGAUGAACUCACAAACUGGUACAUUAGAUUCAACAGAAGAAGACUGAAAGGUGAAAAUGGAAAGGAAGACACUGUUGCUGCUUUGCGCACGCUCUUUGAAGCAUUAUUUACUUUGUGUCGUACAAUGAGCUCAUUCACACCAUUCAUCACUGAGAACUUGUACCAGGGUUUACGUCCAUACUUACCUGAGACAAUUCAAGGUGCUAAGGAUAUCAGAUCAGUUCACUUCUUGCCAUUCCCAGAAGUACGUGAGGAUUACUUUGACACCGUCAUCGAGAGACGUGUGUCAAGAAUGCAAAACGUGAUUGAAUUGGGUAGAGUUGUCAGAGAAAAGAAGAGAAUCGCUGUUAAGACGCCACUCAAAACCCUCAUAGUGUUCCAUCACGAUAAGGGAUAUCUUGAUGAUGUUUGUCAAUUGGAUGGUUACAUCAAGGAAGAACUUAAUGUUAGAGAGUUAAUUGUCACUAGCCAUGAAGAAUACGUUGGCAUCAAGUAUAAGGUUUCUGCUGAUUGGCCAGUUCUCGGUAGAAAGCUUCGUAAAGAUAUGCCACGUGUAAAGAACAACCUUCCAAAGGUAACAAAUGAUGAAGCUAAAGCAUACAUCGCAACUGGAAAAAUGACUAUUGAUGGUAUUGAUUUACAAGCCGGCGACCUUACAGUCUCUCACUAUGUUGAUUUACCAGCCUCAAUGGAAGGCUUUGAAGCAGUUUCAGAUCCAAACGUUACAAUUGUAUUGGAUCACAGACUCCACCCUGAGCUUGAAUCAGAAGGUUUGGCUAGAGAAUUCAUCAACAGAAUCCAAAGAUUGCGUAAGAAGGCUAACCUCAUCCAAAUCCAGGAUGUCGACGUCGUCGUUAAAUUUGAAAGUGAAGGUGAAGAUGUUGCCACUCUUCAAGGUGCAAUUGAGCAACACAAAGAAGCUAUCAUAAAGUCAACCAAGAGUAAUCCACUCAGCAGCAAGGAAAACCCACAAGUUAUUCUCUCUGAUGAUCAAGAGAUCGGUGCUGUGAAGUUCAACUUGACUUUAGUAGGUGCUUAAUUCGAAUUCUAAAAACUUGUUAUACAUUUCUUAUCGUUGUAUAUUGUUGGCGGUUUGCAGGUUAAGCUGUGUAUAGGUAAUUCUUCCUGAUACCCUUAUUUACUGAAUUGGGACCGUAUGACAAGACACAUGCUAACCCCGCAAAAAGAGAAGAACCAAUGACUUCAUUUUUCAUUGCUGUGGUCGGCAGAUUCUUCCCCCUCAUCCUUAAUAUAUCCGAAUGAUCGUUACUGUGCCCUAAACAAAUCUGCUUGUAGACAUGGAAGUAACUCAUUAAAGGAUUGUAAUUAAUACAUUUACUGAAGUGAAUUCUGCUAUGGAUAUUGGGAAUUUAUAUAAGAAUCUCCACAUGCUAUGCUAAGCCUCUGUUCACGCGAAAGGUACAGUUACAACUAAAUUAACCCCGCAUUUAUUAUGAAACUGACUUUAAAGGAUUAAUUACCAAAAAAUAUUGUAAGCCCGAUGCUUCUCUCUUGUCAGUGUAGUCCUCUUGCGGAAAUCCUAAAUCACUUAUGUAUUGAGUUGUUCCUGACGACGAGGCUGUUCGGGUGGAUCUUUUUAAACACUAAACCCCGCAUAAGUUACCUAUGACCAUAAUGAUCCCCACAAACGACCUUGCAUAUAUUAAAAAGCUAUACACUAAUUUACAGGUACGACGGAGUCUCCAGAGUAUAAAUAUCUGCUUGUUUUUGUACUCCUUCUUCAUACUAAACAACCACAAUCGAAUAUGUUCAAGUCAAUCAUCGCUUUAGCUCUUCUCGCAACCGCUACUACUGUCUCUGCAGGAGGUAUGCAAGUCUGCACUGGUAAAGGAGGCUGUAUCGAAAAACAAAUCACCAAGGAUUGUUGCGCUGCUGUCGGCGACCAAAAUGGUAGGUUAUCCACUAUCAACUUAUAACAGUAUUGACACACUGGAAUAGCUUGGUUUGAUGAAUCAAACCAGUUAGUAUAGCUUCAAUUAAAUUUAUCAAUUUCUAACGCUAUAACAGCCAAUGUACUCCAUACUCUAGCGGUGGUAUCAACACUGGUGGUAUGGUCGACUGCUGUGCCAGCAGAGGUGCUGGAAGCCAGGAAGACCAUGAGUUGACCUUAAAAACAUGUUAAAUCGACCCUUAAGAUAUGACAGACCAAUGGGAAAUUGGAAUUUGUAUAUUGACAAAUCUAUAAUUGAUCAGCCAAUUACAUAAAUCAUGACUGAGAUUGUGAGACAUUGUGAUUUUGAAUAUGAACUUGUACAAUGUUAAAUCGAUAACCGAACGGCAAGAGUUGCAAAAAUAGCUAGUGGUGAAAUGUAAUGAUUACC